AUGGCGGCGGCGGCGGCGGCGGCGGCGGCCGCUACGGGCCCGCAGCGGCCUGAGGCCGCGAGUCCGCGGUGGGCGCCGCCGGGGCCUGGCGACGGCGAGGACGCGCCGGUUCGGCCGCUGUGCAAGCCCCGCGGCAUCUGCUCGCGCGCCUACUUUCUGGUGCUGAUGGUGUUCGUGCACCUGUACCUGGGCAACGUGCUGGCGCUGCUGCUCUUCGUGCACUACAGCAACGGCGACGAGAGCUCCGACCCCGGGCCUCAGCGCCGCGCCCAGGGGCCCCCGCUCGCUCCGACCCUGGGCCCCCUCACCCGGCUUGAGGGCAUCAAGGUGGGGCACGAGCGUAAGGUCCAGCUGGUCAGCGACAGGGAGCACUUCAUCAGAACCCUCAGCCUCAAGCCGCUGCUCUUCGAAAUCCCCGGCUUCCUGAGUGAUGAGGAGUGUCGGCUCAUCAUCCACCUGGCCCAGAUGAAGGGGCUGCAGCGCAGCCAGAUCCUGCCCACCGAGGAGUAUGAGGAGGCCAUGAGCACGCUGCAGCUCAGCCAGCUGGACCUCUUCCAGCUGCUGGACCAGAACCGCGAUGGUCGCCUGCAGCUCCGUGAGGUCCUGGCCCAGACUCGCCUGGGAAAUGGACGGUGGAUGACUCCCGAGAACAUUCAGGAGAUGUACGCCGCAAUCAAGGCUGACCCCGAUGGUGACGGAGUGCUGAGUCUGCAGGAGUUCUCCAGCAUGGACCUUCGGGACUUCCACAAGUACAUGAGGAGCCAGAAGGCGGAGUCCAGUGAGCUGGUGCGGAACAGCCACCACACGUGGCUGUACCAGGGUGAGGGUGCCCACCACGUCAUGCGUGCCAUUCGCCAGAGGGUGCUGCGCCUCACUCGCCUGGCGCCCGAGAUCGUGGAGCUCAGUGAGCCGCUGCAGGUCGUGCGAUAUGGCGAGGGAGGCCACUACCAUGCCCACGUGGACAGCGGGCCCGUGUACCCGGAGACCGUCUGCUCCCACACCAAGCUGGUCGCCAACGAGUCCGUCCCCUUCGAGACCUCCUGUCGCUACAUGACAGUGCUGUUUUAUUUGAACAACGUCACCGGUGGGGGCGAGACCGUCUUCCCCGUAGCAGACAACAGAACCUACGAUGAAAUGAGUCUGAUUCAGGAUGACGUGGACCUCCGUGACACCCGGAGGCACUGUGACAAGGGGAACCUGCGUGUCAAGCCCCGACAGGGUACUGCAGUCUUCUGGUACAACUACCUACCUGACGGGCAAGGUUGGGUGGGCGACGUGGACGACUACUCGCUGCAUGGGGGCUGCCUGGUCACGCGCGGUACCAAGUGGAUCGCCAACAACUGGAUCAACGUGGACCCCAGCCGGGCGCGGCAGGCGCUAUUCCAGCAGGAGAUGGCGCGCCUUGCCCGGGAAGGCGGCGCGGACUCGCAGCCCGAGUGGGCCCUGGACCGGGCCUACCGCGAUGCCCGUGUGGAGCUCUGAGGGCAGGGUCGGCCCUGCCGGCCAAGGUCAGAAGCCGGCUUUGCCCCCUGUCCUGCUACAGACUAAGGGUCCGGCCCACGUCUUGCCCCAUCCUCGCCUCCACCCGCGAUGACGGCGCAGUUCCUAUGCCCAUUUAUUUAUUAUGUACAGAUCCCAUGCUGCCCUGUCAAAUAAAACCACACGACC